CCCAGUUUUUCACGUCGAUCUACUUAAAAAACGGGUUGAAAUAUUUCAAAUCGACAUAUUUCAUUCGACUCCAAUGAUGAAAUUUAUUAUUGUUUGUAAUCUGAUCGCGGCGAUUUCCAUCGUUGCAACGGAAGGUAAGACUUUCGCUAAAUGCGAUCUCGCUAAGGAGCUACUGAAGAAGAAUUUCUCAAAAGAAGACAUGCCAAAAUGGCUUUGCCUCGUAGACAAACUGAGCGGUUACUCAACAUCGAAAGAAGAAUCUACAGCAAUAGGAACAAAAACCAUCGGUCUAUUUCAGUUUAGCGAAGAAACCGAUUGCGGAACCAAAACUGCAAGGGGAAGAUGUAACGCGAAAUGUGAUGCUCUGAAAACAGAUGAUAUUACUACCGCUGCAAGGUGUGCAUUACAAAUGAACACAGAUAGACAAUUUAAUUUUUGGCCCAUAUGGAAGAACUCGACAUGCCGCACAAACACGCAGAACUACGUUUGUAGUCUCUGAAAAGCAAAUUAGCCGUUAUAUAAGGCAAUUUAUUAAUCCUGAAUAGGGUUGCUAUUAUUGUGUUGACUUUGCAAAAUAAACAAUGUACAAAAAAAUAAACAUCAGUUGUCAUAAA